AUGGGCUCAGAGGUGGACGGGCCAGUACACCGAAAUAAUGUGAGAGAUGGCGACGAGAUUAUUGAAAUUAUCAGUGAUGAGGAGGCAGAUGGUAGGAAUUUGGUGGACUCUACUGGUGGAGACGGGUUUGAAAAUGUGUUUUCAAGAAGCAGGGAUGUUCUAGGACGUUUUGCGGGUUCAAACGGGCUGUCACGGCUGGAACAGGCUUCCGAAAAUGCUGACGACGACAUCGAACUCGUGGGGGAAACGUUUACGAACAACAGUGGCCCAUUGAACGCUGACGCAGAAUAUGUUGACUUGGAGGCCGGGAAUUAUGGUGCUUCCAGACACGGAUCUGCAGCUGACCUUAUGGUGGUGAGGGAGUCAUCGCGGGUUCCAAACUUGAUUAUGAGGCUUCCAGGAGAUCAGCACAUGGAGAUACUUGGUACACAGUACGAAGAGCCGCCCAGGAGGUCUUUUGAAAAUCAACAGAACCGGAUGCAAGUGAACGUACGAUCGGCGCAAGCACGUCAGAGACUUUUAGCGCGCUCGGCAAGGGCUGCUCAAAAUUUGUUUCUACCGGUUUCCGACACCGGUGAAGACGAUGAUGAUCCGGACUACGUGCUGGAAGAUACUGAAAGCGAUCAUUUUCGUAUUCCUGAAGCGAUACAGCACAGGCGACGACAACAGCGGCAUCCGCGAAGACGACGGAUGAUGGAAGAACAGGACCUACGACACAGAAUCGGGCGAUUGCCUCCUGAAAUUCGAAAUAUCCUUUUAAAUGUGGGUUCUCUAAAUGAACUGAACCACAGAUUGAGAGACAGUGGAAUUUAUGAGGAACUUGACUAUCUUCGUGACCUAUAUUCACGGAUAAAUGCAUUUCCCGGGCGUCUUGGGAAUAGUGGCGCUUUUGGUCAGCCCCGGGGGCUAAGUUCACAUCCCUACCACAUGCCCAUAGCUCCCCCAGCGGCAUUUGCUGACUUCCAUGGAAGUGCCCAUGCAUCAAGAUUUCACCUGGUAAAUCCGAUGGGCAUGCAUCAGGUAGCUUUCAAUGCUUUCGACGAAGAUCGCCAAACUCAAAACAUCAUUGAGAUGAUACAAGCGCGAGAAGAACGGGAAAAUGAUGCUCGUAAAAGAAAGUAUAUGGAAGACACCAAGCCCAAACAGGAGAAAUUCAACAAGAUGGCCCAAGAAGUUCCCGAGGGCUAUAGCGCUUCUUUUGACACAACUCCCAGAAUGAAAAUUAGCAUACUCAAAAAUGGGAAGGAAGAACAAAUUUCGUUAGUCGAUGAUGAAGCAGCUUCCAAAUACAUGGAUAUUCCGAUUUGCACCUUGUGCGGAGUCGAGCUUGGAUUUGGUAUUCCCGAAAGUUUCACUGGUAUAGGUCCUAGUGAUAAAGGCGUGUCAUUCGAAGCUUUACAGGCUAGAUAUGAUGUACACUGUCCAUAUCGGACUCUCGCGAGGCCUACGGAGGCCGACAGGGACCUUUCUAGACGAAUUUUCGUCGCAUCAUGUGGUCACGCUUAUUGUGGGAGGUGUCGCGCUCGAAUUUCUUCGGCCAGGGAGUUUAAUAGGGCAUCCAAAAAGACGUUAGGUAAGUUCUACGGGGCAUCGCAUCCAGACAACUACGGACCGAAGCGUUGUGUAGCGGAGCAGUGUGAUAAUAAUAUUCGGGCAAAGGGCAAGAUGCGGGAAGUUUUUUUCUAA